UUCCGUUUUUUCUUUUUUCAUCCAACAAAAUUGAAACCAUGUCGAAGUUUGCAUUGUAUGUUGUAUUGGUGGCACUGCACUUGCCAAUUUGGUUCUGUGAUGGAGAACCGCAGGUUCCAUGUUACUUCAUUUUUGGAGCUUCCUAUUACGAUAAUGGCAAUAAUAACCGUCUUUUAUCAGCAGCUAAAGCCAAUUUUUUGCCCUAUGGAAUUGAUUAUCCUCGAGGACCCACAGGAAGAUUUACAAAUGGUCGCACUACUGCUGAUUUCUUAGCUGAAUAUCUUGGAUUUGAAAAUGACAUUCCAUCCUUUGCAAGUAUUGGCAUUAGGAACUCAAAUGACAUCCUCAAAGGUGUUAAUUAUGCCUCUGGUUCAUCUGGGAUUCUUGAAGAAACUGGAAAGCACGUUGGAGAUCGAACAGGCAUGGAUGGGCAGCUGAACAAUCACCGGAGUAUAAUCUCACGUAUUGCUGAAACAUUAGGAGACAAGACGGCAGCCGAAAACCACCUUCACAAGUGCUUAUAUUCUGUUGCAAUGGGCGAUAAUGACUAUAUCAACAACUACUUCAAGAAGUUAUUAUACGACACAAGCUCCAAAUAUUCUCCUGAGAAAUAUGCCCAUCUUCUUCUUGAAAAAUAUAAUCAGCAAUUAGUGUCUCUUUAUAAUGAUGGGGCAAGAAAGAUAGUAGUGUUCGGAAUACCUCCGCUUGAUUGUUCUCCGGCAGCUCUUUCGGAAGAAUCAGGCAAAAGCAAAUCUGGAUGCGUGGGGGAAAGGACACAUGCAAUCAAUCUAUUCAACAGCGGCCUUAGAGAAAUGGUUGAAGAUAUUAACAAAAACCUAACAGAUUCGAAAUUUGUGUUGGUGGACGUGUACGGGAUAUCUAGAUCAUCAUUAUCCAGUUUAAAGGUGACAGAUGCACCGUGUUGUAAGGUGGAGACGAGUAUCGGAAUAAAGUUUCCGAUGUGUAUUCCCGGCAGUAUUCCUUGUGCGAAUAGGAAUGAUUACAUGUGGUGGGAUCAACUCCAUCAGACAGAGGCUGCAUAUAAAAUAUUUGCCGAUAGAUCAUACAAGAGCCAAGCUCCGACUGACGCUUUUCCUAUGGACAUCAGUCGACUUGUUCAAAAUCCUUAAUAUCAUUACCAAUUUGCUUAUUUUGUUAAAACUGUAGAGUUCUCUCAAGCAUAAACUCACUUACUUGCAGGUGAAGGUGAAGAUGAAGGCUAUUUUUUUGUAACAGUAGCAGUGUUUUUCUUUCUUUCUUUCUUAUUAACAAUUAGGCUCUGGGAAAGAACAUUUGUGUUCUUUUUCCAUUUUUCCUUGUCGCAAUUCAUAGGGAAUGAAUAUUGCUUUUUUGUAGGAAAUUUCGUGGAUGCUUCUGAAUGUAAAUUGUUCUUUCUAUAUAUUGACACUGAUGGAUGUUCAUGGCUUGGCUCAA